CUUCCAUACCUAUAAAAUACUUGAAACGUACGAGUAAAUAUAUGUAAUACUACAUAAUUAUAGUACAUCUAUAGAAAUAUAUACAUACAUAUAUCUUAUAUAUAUACACCUAUAUAUAUCCGAGAUGUUUCCCGCCCCAUUCCAACCAACCAAAGAUGGAGCUGUCCCCGACAGUUCAGCCUGGUCGGGGGUGCCUACAGCUGCGCCUCGGUGGCUUACCGCAGGACAGUCACAGAUGUUCCACUACCAGCCACAGUCACUCUAUUCGUCAGGUAACUAUGGCAACCAGGUGCAACAGCACGGUAGCCACGGGUAUAAUAACGGGAAUAGGCAGAAUAUGAGCGGACAGUAUAUGGGCCCUGGAGGUAGAGGUGGCAGAGGCGGCAGAGGAGCGUAUGGUGGUGGUGGUAGAUCGAAGGAGUUGACUUUCGACGACGCACUCAAUGGACUUAAAGGAGGCUCUCAUACUUGGGAGUGCAAGAAUUGCGACAAGACCUUUGUCCAGGAAAGCCAGCUGGAGUCCCACCUGAAACAGCACGUCUCUUGUGAGCAUGAUGGGUGCGAGUUUUCUGCUGCCAAGAAGGUGGUAGUAGUACAUCGGGAAACGGUACAUGGUAAGGAGAGCGGUCCACCGUCGGUAGCCGUACCAUCGUUGGACACUCCGGAGGAGAUUGAGGCCUGGAGGGAGGCGCGCAGACGCAAUUGGCAGACGAAGAUUGGUAGUAAACGCAAGCUGGAGCAAGACACGAGCGCGUCAUCAAAACGCCAAAACGUUAACGGGAACGCCCUCGCCGCGCUUUCAGGCUAUGCAAGUGGUAGCGAUUCCAAUGAGGAGACGAAAGCCAAGGAUGACAAGAAGAAGCGUGUGUGCAAGUACUUCAACGGCAAACGAGGAUGCAACAAAGGGGACAAGUGCCCCCUACUACACCAGGCCAAAAAGAACAAGCCUGGGCAAAAGAAUAGGGUCGUUAUCAAAGGCUCGCUCUUCGAACGUCUGGGCGGAGUGGUGGGGCCACAGCAGCAGCAGUACACCGAACUCAUCCAGUGCAUCCGACACAUUGUUACCAACGGAUUUCUGCAGUAGACCCUUGUGUAUAUAUUUAUGUAUAUGUAUAUGGCCGAGGGAGAGUUAGCUGCCACGGUUGAGUAUAAGUAUCUGUCCAAGGACAAUACAGCUGAGCAAACAUCAAGCGAACUAGCCUGCACAGUCUGACAGAGGAUGCAAACCAUGCAUGUCAGAGAGCCUAAUGAAUGCCAGAUAGCCUACUAAAGGCUACUCGGUAUAUAUACAGAGAAUGUUAGAUAGGCUACUUUAGGCUACCUGAAUAUAUACAGAGGAUGCUAGAUAGCCUACUUUAGGCUACUCGUAUAUAUACAGAGGAUACUAGAUAGCCUCUACUUUAGGCUACUUUUGUGUGGAUAUAGAGGAUGCUAGAUAGCCUACUGUAGGCUACUAGUAUGUUUACAGAGAAUGCAGCUCGUAGACGCCAUCAGUGCGGCGUGUCUGAAAGGACAAACACUUACCAAUCGCACCUCAACAGCACACUCUGUUUCUCAAUGGGGCGCCAUCAGGCUG